UUUAAUUAAAUUAAAAUGAAAGAAAUAGAAAAUCAAAACAUAAAACAAUUACAAAAUUAUAUACUAUGUCCAAAUAUAUCCAUACACGAUCCUUUGCCGUGUGUUAUUCCAAGAAAAUUCGAUGAAUCUCGGCUAUUCAAUUUGCCGGGAUGCCCGGCUACAACAAAACUUGUACAAAAAAGAGAUUUCAUCUCGGGAAAGGUCAUUGAUUUUAUUGAAACCGAAGUAGAACAAGUUGGUGCUAUGGCCAACAAUUCAAUGUCAAUGCGCCGUGAACCGGGUCUCUUGGAAGAAGUUACCCGAGGUUCCGCAAUGAAUUUUCCAUUUUGGCCAGGUGGCUUAGAUGAACCACAAAAAGAAAUCAAACAAAUAAAAUGUGAUGAUUUCAAUUUCGAUAUAGAAUUGUUGACAAUUCCUCCAGGCUUUAGUCGGGGCUAUGAAUUCAAAGAAAGUUCAAGGCCAACCAAGUCUACGAGUAAUAAUAUCAAUCUUUUGAGUAAUUUGGAAAAAGAAACUGAUGUUCAAGAAUGGUUAAAGUUGACCAAAGAAGAAGAGAAAGCUAAAGAUUGGGAAUCAAAUUCGAAUGAAUUCAAACAUUCGAUUCAUGAUGAUAAACUUCUUGAAGUUGACUUUGGUCCUGUUUUAGAUAUAUCGACGGUAACGACAAAUCGAAACGCCAAGACUGAAUGGGCUGAGAGUGUUGAUAUCUCUCAGCCAAUUAAAGAUUUUAAAGAAAAAAUUCCCAAACCAGCAUUGGAGUAUCCAUUUGAAUUGGAUGUUUUCCAAAAGCAAGCCAUUCUUAAGCUUGAGGAGGGGAAAGAUGUUUUUGUUGCCGCUCAUACAUCAGCUGGCAAAACAGUAGUUGCUGAAUAUGCAAUCGCCUUGUCCCAACGGAAUAUGACUAGAACCAUUUACACAUCUCCCAUAAAAGCGCUAUCAAAUCAGAAAUACCGAGAUUUUAAAGAAACUUUCGCAGAUGUUGGACUAAUUACAGGCGAUUUGCAAAUUGAACCGACAGCAACAUGCCUCAUCAUGACUACAGAAAUCUUAAGAUCCAUGUUAUACUGCGGCAGUGAUAUAACACGAGAUCUAGAAUAUGUAAUACUUGAUGAAGUUCAUUACAUAAACAAUCCAGAACGUGGACAUGUUUGGGAAGAAGUUAUAAUACUCCUUCCUGAUCAUGUGCGUAUAAUAAUGUUAUCGGCAACUGUUCCAAAUACAAUGGAACUAGCAAAUUGGGUUGGAAGCACGAAAAAAAGAAUGGUCUAUGUGAUUAGUACAUUAAAAAGACCAGUUCCACUAAUGCAUUAUCUUUACACUGGUUCGGGUGGGAAAAGUAAGAAUGACAUUUUUCUAAUUGUCGAUGCUAAUGGCAACUUACUCGAGGAUGGUUAUUCUAAAGCAGUCUUGAAGAAGAAGGAAACGACUAGUAGUAAACCAAAAGGUGGACCUGGAGGAGGUAAACAAGGCGGAGCUAAGCAAGAUCAGAAUCUCUGGGUUGGGUUGAUUGACUUUUUGAAAAGAAAUAACAAAAUGCCCGUAGUUGCAUUCACUUUGUCGCGAAAGCGCUGUGACACUAAUGCAAUGGCUCUGCAAUCAUGCGAUUUAAAUACAGCACGCGAAAAAGGUGCUGUACAGAAAUUCUUCCAGCAAUGUUUGAUGAAAUUGAAGCCCCCAGAUCGUAUGCUUCCUCAAGUUCUCACAAUUAAAGACUCUUUAGAGCGUGGAAUUGGUGUCCAUCACAGUGGCAUAUUGCCAAUUCUCAAAGAGAUUGUCGAAUUGUUGUUCCAAUCUGGAUUGGUAAAACUUCUGUUUGCCACAGAGACCUUUGCUAUGGGCGUGAACAUGCCAGCAAGAACUGUAAUCUUUGAUUCUCAUCGAAAAUUCGAUGGCAUGGAAGUGAGAAAUCUUGGACCAGGAGAAUACAUUCAAAUGGCUGGUCGCGCUGGCCGUCGUGGCCACGAUGAGAAUGGAACUGUGAUUUUGUUGUGCAAACAAGAUGUGCCGCCAGUAAUGGAUUUACGUUCAAUGAUUUUGGGACGACCUGAGAAAUUAGAAUCACAGUUUUUGUUGCGUUAUUCAGUUAUACUGACGUGUUUGAGAAUCGAAAGUAUAAAAGUGGAAGAUAUAAUGCAGUUUAGUUUUAAAGAAUUCAAUAUGAAACAACAGAUUCCCGCUCAGGCUAAGCAACUUAAAAUGGCUGAGGAUAAAUUCGCAUUGAUGCCGGAAUUAGGUGAACACUUGAAGCCAUUAGUAAAAUUUUAUGUUAUUGCUUCGGAAUAUAUAGAGCAAAAAUCAAGUUUAAUGAAAUCUCUAAUGAGUCAACCAAAAAUAAUGAAAGAGGUAAAAGUCGGCAGAGUGCUGAUGGUCACCCAAGGACGACACUACAACAAAUUGGGAAUUUUAUUAUCAAUCAAAUCGGUUGUUGGAAAGGAGACAGUUUAUAAAGUUCUCGUUCUUGAUCAUAAUCAAGUAUUUGAAUCAAGGGAAGCAUUAAAUCGUGGAGAAAAAUUCAACAAGUUAAUCUCCCUCACGCCACAAAACAGAUUCUUCCAACCCGAUGGCAUUGGAGGUCAUACAAUAUUAGACAUCAAAGCCGGUGAUAUUAUUGAAAUAACAAAAUCAAAUAUGAAAGUCGAUCCCGAUGCUAUUAUUCAUAAUUGGGAGCAACGUCAAAUUGAACGUUUCAGAGAUUCUCCACCCAGUACAUCUGUAAUAAAAGCAGUUUCUGAACUUCAAUUACUAAAUAACAACUACAUCGCCAAUCCAGAUUCGGUGAAGUUUAUAAAUCUUACUUCUGAAGUUAAUGUUUCAGCUGGUUGUGAAAUGGCUGAAAUUCGUUUAAUUGAACACUUGUGGAGUAAAUUGAGCGAAAUUCUGCCACAUACAAAUAUUGCUGGUUUUGAACAAGAAUUUAGUGCAGUAUACGAUAAGAAGAUCCUAGAAAGACGCAUUGAAGAUUUGAAAUUUAUGAAUUCUACUAAGAGCUUAUCACUUUAUCCAGACUAUUGUAAUAAAUUGAAAGUUUUAAGAGCUCUAAGAUAUAUUGAUGAAUUAGAUGAAGUGACCUUGAAAGGAAAAGUUGCUUGUGAAAUGGGUUCGAAUGAAUUGUUGAUAACUGAAUUAAUUCUAUGUAACAUGUUCAAUGACUUGGAACCUGCGGAGAUUGCUGCACUGCUCUCUGGACUUGUGUUUCAGGCAAAGAUUCAAGGAGAACCAAUUAUUCCAGAAAGAUUGAAAAAGUGCGUUAAAGAAUUCGAAGAAAUCAAUGAUAUCAUUUUGAAAGAAGAACUUAAAAAUCAAGCUGUUAUGGAGACUGAAAAUCGUUUGAAUUUUGGUUUAGUUGAAGUUGUUUAUGAAUGGGCUAGAAAUAAGCCUUUUGCAGAAAUUAUGGAAUUAACAGAAGUACAAGAAGGCAUUAUUGUGAGAUGUAUUCAGCAGUUAGAUGAAACGUUACGUGAUGUUAAGACUGCAGCCAUUCGAAUUGGUAAUCCAGCAUUGCAAAGCAAAAUGGAAGAAGCUUCGAAUGCUAUUAAAAGAGACAUUGUAUUUACAGCAAGUUUAUAUACCGCUUUGUAAUACUAGUACGUAGGAAGAAAUUUAUACUUUUUGAAUAUUCAAUAAUCGAAGAAUUAAAAUUGGAAUUUAUGUACAUUAAA